AUGGUAGAUCUAAAGCAUACAUCGCUAGAAGAUCGUUUGCAGUCUUUUAGGCCAUGGAGACGUGAUUUACCAGCCAAGAAAGCUUUGGCCUACACCGGUUUUACCAAUGAUCGCGAGACUCCCACUAAUGAUGCAGUUAUUUGUGUUUAUUGUCAAAAACAGCUAGAGGGCUGGUUGCCCGAGGAAAUACCAGCAGAGGAGCAUUUUAGGCAUUCUCCGCAUUGUAUCCUUUCUACGCCCCAUUUAAUAGAGAGUCGGACCAUGUCUUUCAAAACCGGCACUCUGCGCUUUCUUCCGCGAGUGGCUACGGCAUUGGCCACUGAUGGCCUUUUUCUUUAUAAUCUCAAUAAGACCUCUAAUGAUCUCUUCUGCUACGUCUGUGGGUUUUAUUGUAGUUUAAUUGAUAGCCGGGACAGGCACGUCGCUGUUGUUGUUGCGAUUAGAAAGGCGCACCAUGCCUUCUCUCCCCACUGCCGAGCUAGAAGGGCUUCUUUAGCUGCCGACUCUUUAGGUAACAAGGAUAGUUUGCCGACGCAUUUCUUAUACCGACUAAUUUCCCUGCAAGUAUCUCCAGCUGACUUAGUCCAUCAUGAGCUAGAUCUAGCCCAAACUCCCCAUACCGUUGUCGUUACCCACCGACCUCAGCCUAAUGCACUUAAAGUCAGUCUAGCGCCAAUGUCAGCACCAUCCGGCCCAUUUUCACCACCAUCCGACUCUCCCAGUCCCCCUGCUAGCCCCCAGUCCUCUGACUCUCAAACCACCGCCAGCCUAUCUUCUGAUUCCAGUCCGCGACCCGUUGCAACCACCCAAACCGAAACCGAAACCCAAACACCACCGCCCACUCAACCCCGAGCCACUAUUAACCCACCUCAAGCCAAUCCAACUAUUUUAACUCCACAAGCCACACAAACCCCACAAACUACUCCAGCUACUGCUACAGUUACCCCACCCGACUCAGUCCAAGCAAUCUACCAAGUAGAUCCCGUGGUAGCUGAUCUAGCCACAUUCCUUUCCACGGAAGAAAAGACCACCUAUACUCUCAAGGACUCAUUGCGUGUAGGUCUGUCCCGAAUGCUUGCCAAAGCCCGCGAAGUCACUGAUUUGGAGAUGGAAAAGACCCGUGCCGAGCUAACCGCCAUCAUCACCAACCACCAAUACUAA